AUGCUUUGUACGGAUACUCAAAGUAUUGACUCAAAAACAAUAAUUCGUGCUCGGGGACUUCCUUGGCAAGUAUCUGAUUUGGAUGUAGCUCUUUUUUUUGCUGGGCUGGAAAUUGCAAAAGGCGGAGUAAUUUUAUGUCUUGGACCUGAAGGAAGGCGAAAUGGGGAAUGUCUAGUUAAAUUUGAAACUCCAGAAUAUAGGGAUUGGGCUCUUGAACGGCAUAGAUGCCAUUUAAGACAACGCUAUAUUGAAUUAUACCGUUCAAGCGCUGAUGAUUUUGUGAGGCAUGCUAUAGGAAUAGAUCAUUGCGCACUAAAUUUUGCUCAACUUGCUGACCAACAAUCUCAACAAAAUUUUCAUCAAGCAAUGAUUGUUCGUAUGAGAGGCCUUCCAUUUUCUGCCACGGAGCAACAAAUUCGUGACUUUUUCUCAACUGAUGGCCUUCCCAGUGGAAUUCUCCAAGAAGGUGUUCUUUUUGUCCAGCGACCCGAUGGACGGCCAUCUGGUGAUGCUUUUGUUCUUUUUUGUGAUGAACAAAGUGGACGUAGAGCUUUAUUAAAACAUCGGCAAAGAAUGGGGACUAGAUAUAUAGAAUUGUUUAGAACAACACAAGCAGAAGUUCAGCAACUUUUUAAUUCUAAACAACAAAUUAUUAAUGCUCAAGAAAAAAAUUUAGGAGGAGGGGGAAUUUUAACAAAUAAUAAUUUGGUUAAUAAUCAAAAAACACAAACAAUAAUAACUUCAACAACUAGUAGUGCUUCCAAUGGAAUAAUUAAUACACUUCCCCCAAUUUUUGCCCCACCAAUAAACACAUCAGUAGCAACCUUUAUACCUUUUGGCAAACCAACACCUCCUCCCUUCAAAAAUGGUCGUCGGCGUGAUUGCCUCAGACUAAGAGGCCUUCCAUACGAAGCACAAGUGCAACAAGUUGUUGAAUUUUUGGGACCCCAUGCAAGGCAUGUACUUUUUCAAGGAGUACAUAUGAUUUAUACUUCUAUUGGUCAUCCAAGUGGUGAAGCUUUUAUUCAAAUGGAAUCAGAACAAGCUGCUUCCAAUGCCUCACAAGAAUGUCAUAAUAAAUAUAUGGAGCUUGGGAAGAAGAAACGUUAUAUCGAAGUUUUCCAAUGUUGUGCUGACGAUAUGAGUCUUCACUUAAAUAUUUUACAACAAUCACCUCCAUUAAUACCUCCAUCAGCAGCCCCAAGUUUACUACCAACUCCUCAUUCCCCUUUAAUUCCUCUACCUACAAAUGGAACUUCCCCUCUUUUUUCAUUGCCAGCUACAAAUCCUUUUUUGGCAGCAUUUGCUGCAGCGACUAAUGUUGGAGGUAAAUUAAUUAAUUAA